AUGGCGCCACAGCUUGCAGAGUUCGAUCACACGACUUUCACGACCACUUCUCAACUGAAGAAGUCGGCGCACCUCACCAAUGGCUUUUCUCACCAUGAAGACAUCAGGGACGAGAAUCCAGAGCAAGACCUGAGCGAUGAUGAGUUUGCCACCAUCUCUAUCCGUAACCUCGUGCAUGAUUUGUGCAUGCAGAACGGCGGUGGUCAUGGCGGCUCCGCACUAGGCAUGGCUGCCAUUGGUGUGGCAUUGUGGAAGUAUGAAAUGCGGUAUAAUCCUUGCGAUCCGGAGUGGUUCGAUAGGGAUCGAUUCGUACUUUCCAACGGCCAUGCAAGUAUGUUUCUCUACACUAUGAACCAUCUUGUAGGAUAUAACGUUUGGACCAUGGAACAGUUGAAAGGAUAUGGUGCUGCGAAACUCAACGGCUACACCACGAUCUCACACGCACAUCCUGAAAUCGAAGUACCUGGUGUGGAAGUCACAACCGGGCCUCUAGGACAAGGCAUAGCAAACUCGGUGGGCCUCGCCAUUGCUUCGAAAAACCUCGCUGCUACUUUCAAUAAGCCGGGCUUCGACGUCGUUAGAUCGAGGAUAUACUGCACGACAGGUGAUGGCUGCUUGAUGGAAGGUGUGGCCUUAGAAGCCAUUGCCCUUGCUGGUCAUCUUCAACUGGACAACCUUGUACUGUUGUACGACAACAACCAAGUAACAUGCGACGGUCCACUUGAAUGGGUUAACUCCGAGGACAUUAAUACCAAGAUGAGAGCUUGUGGCUGGGAAGUGCUUGAUGUUCUCGACGGCACUAACGAUGUGCAAACAAUCGUGUCAGCUCUAAGCUAUGCAAAAAGAUUGGUCGGCAAGCCGGUAUUCAUCAAUAUCCGGACAGUUAUCGGCGCAGGUACCGCGGCUGCGGGAACAGCAAAAGCUCACCAUGGUGUCUUCGAUAAAGAAAGCGUCGCCAAGUCCAAAGCUCUGACAGGUCUUGACCCCGAGAAAUCCCACGUUGUCCCUCAAAGAGCUCUUGAUUUCUUUCGCGAACGGCGCGCAGCUGGCACUGCACUCGCAAAAACAUGGUCAGAUUUAUUGGCCCGAUAUGCAGAGAGAUUUCCAGAGUUGCACGAGUCACUCGAUGCCCGCCGUCGAGGUAUCUGCGGGGACUUCGACCAAGUCUUGAGUGGUAUCGACAGCCAACAACUCAGGGGGUUGGCGACUAGAGAGAGCAACGGAGUCAUCUUAGAGAAGCUUUGGAAAUCCUGUCCAGCACUUUGCGGUGGUGGCGCCGAUCUGGCGAACUCGAACAAGAUCACGUACGCCGAGACAGAUGUGUUUCACCCACUGACAGGGUAUAAAGGGAGAUAUCUACGACAUGGCAUCCGAGAACACGCUAUGGCGUCUAUUGCGAAUGGACUGGCAGCGUACUCCCCAGGCACCUUCUUACCAAUUACGGCUACAUUCCUCAUCUUCUACAUCUACGCAGCACCAGGAGUAAGAAUGGGGGCACUUAGUGGGCUGCAGGUUAUACACAUCGCAACCCACGACUCGUUUGGAGAGGGACAAAACGGCCCUACACAUCAGCCUGUGGAGAUAGACUCGCUCUACCGCGCCAUGCCUAGUCUCCAAUACUUGAGACCUUGCGACGCGGAAGAGCUUGUCGGAUGCUGGCAGAUCGCACUUUCCGCGCGCCACCAGCCCAGCAUGCUUUCGCUAGGACGGGACCCGGUCGGACAAGUUCCCAACACGUCUCGCGACAAAGUGAAACUCGGUGCCUAUAUGGUAGCGGAGGAGGCUGACGCGGACGUCACCCUCGCAAGCUGCGGCACAAAUCUGCACUACGUGGUCUCCGCAGCUGAACUGCUUAAAAAACGUCAUGGGAUCAAAGCUCGUCUUGUCAGCGCUCCCAGCCUGGACCUCUUCCAGCUUCAAGACGAGCACUACCGCGCUGCUAUCUUCCCGCUCGACGGUAAGCCGGUCAUUAGCGUUGAGGAGUACGUCGCUACGACCUGGGCGCGAUAUGUGACGGCCAGCAUCGGCAUGACCUCUUAUGGAUACUCUGCUUCCAAUGAGAGCAACUACCAGCGCUUUGGGCUUGAUGCGAAGGGAAUAGAGGGCAAGGUGGUGGCUUAUUUAGCCAAGCUGCAAGGACAGAAUGCGCGGACGGCUGGUUGGCAUCAGUUGUGA